AUGAGAGAGAUGAAGAGGCAGAAACUAACCAGAGAUGAAGAAGUAGAUUACGAAAGAGAUGAUGAGAAACCCUGCAUCAUUCUGCAAUUGCCAGACCACAUAAUUUUAGAGAUCUUUUGUAGAAUCCCAAUAAACACUGUUAUCCAGUGCAAAUACGUGUGCAAGUCUUGGCGUCGUUCCUUCUCAGAGCCCGAGUUCACAAAAUCCCUAUUUGCACGAACUCAGGCGUGCUUGUUUCUCGAAGAUCGUACUACCAAAAGCCGGAGCGGAAACACCAAACGACGUCGUCGUGGUAUGCCCCCGAAUAAGCACGUCUUGGCCAACUUGGAAAGUGUUUUGAGCCCAAACAACAUGGUCUUGAAGCUUUCAGAUCCUAAUGCAUUAUACAACAGGCUUCAUUCAAAUUUCAGAGGUAUCAUGGGUUCCUGCAAUGGCUUCCUCUGCUUAUUCCGCCAUAAUGAUAAAACUGAUGCUUUCAUCUUUAACAUAGCAAACCCCAUUACUCGUGAGUGUAUACCUCUUCCGGUCAAUGAAGAAAUAAGUCGUCCACUACCUCACUUUGGGUUUGGGUUUAGUCCCAUGAGUGACGUCUAUUAG